AUUGAUAUCAUCUGUACGCAUGCGUAGCAAACGUACUUUACACUUACAGAACGCUCCCCAGCUGCUGUUUCAAGUACAGUACCAACUUUAGUCAAGCAGUUAAUUGAAGUAGCUAUAUAAAAAUAAAUUCUGUAAAGCUAGCCUCCCUCUGCUACCUUUGUGCAGACAGAAGCAGCAAGGGUUUGUCUGCUUGCAAUUUAACUAGGCUGCUAUCCUUCAAGAGACAGAAGACGGAAGUAAGGAACGUUAGCUAUGCAGCAGAUGACUAGCUAGUUAGACAACGUUAACCUAUAGCUUGCUAUAUCUUUUGCUGUUCAUUGGAAAGCGUGUUUAACCUUACUUUGUUGUUGUUGUUGUCACACAUCGGUCUGUGCGCUUGACUUUUUGUUUUGGGAGAACUGUCACCUUGUCAUCAUGUCCGAGCUGUUGAGAUUCGAUGGGAAAGUUGUGCUGGUUACUGGAGCAGGUGGAGGGCUUGGGAGAGAGUAUGCUUUGGCCUUUGGUGAGCGCGGGGCCUCCGUUGUAGUGAACGACCUUGGAGGAGACAUUAAAGGAGACGGGAAGAGUUCCUCUGCAGCAGAUAAAGUGGUGGAAGAGAUCAAGGCCAAGGGGGGGAAGGCAGUAGCUAACUAUGAUUCUGUGGAAAAUGGAGACAAGCUGGUCCAGACAGCCCUGGAUGCUUUUGGACGAAUAGAUAUUGUAAUAAAUAAUGCUGGGAUUCUACGAGAUCGCACCUUUGGCCGGACCAGUGACUUAGAUUGGGACCUAAUCCACAGAGUACAUCUGAGGGGCUCCUUCCUGGUCACCCGUGCUGCCUGGAACCACAUGAAGAACCAGAAGUAUGGCAGGAUCAUCAUGACGUCGUCGGCCGCCGGCGUCUACGGGAACUUCGGCCAGGGGAACUACAGCGCGGCCAAAAUGGGCCUGGUGGGGCUGUCCAACACGCUGGCCAUCGAGGGCCGCAAGUACAACAUCCACUGCAACGCCAUCGCCCCCACCGCCGGGUCCCGCCUCACGCAGACCGUCAUGCCCCCAGAUCUGCUGGAGUCUUUGAAAGCAGAAUACGUGGCUCCGUUGGUUCUGUGGUUGUGCCACGAGCAGUGCCAGGAGACGGGCAGUCUGUUUGAGACAGGAGCUGGCUGGAUCGGGAAGUUGCGCUGGGAGCGGACUCAGGGCCACAUCGUGCGGCGCAGGGACGAGGCCAUGACCCCCGAGGCCGUGCGGGAGGGCUGGGAGCAGAUCUGCGACUUCACCGACGCCACCAAGCCGACCACCAUCGGAGAGUCAAUUAGCACCCUGGUGGAGGUGCUGUCGCGGGUGGACACCAGCGAGGGAGUAACGCCAAAUCCCACCAGCACUGUGGCCGCCGCCCCGUCCGGCGGGAUCAAUCCUCUGGAGGCGGUGGGGCAGAAGCUUCCGGACAUGGCCUUCAGCUACUCGCACACGGAGUGCAUCCUGUACGCGCUGGGCGUGGGCAUGACCACGCGCGAGGAGGACCACCUCCGCUUCCUGUACGAGGGCCACGCGGACUUCGCCUGCCUGCCCACCUUCGGCGUCAUCCCCGCCCAGGCCUCCAUGAUGGGCGGGGGCCUGGGCUCCGUCCCCGGGCUCGACUUCGACUUCACCCGGGUCCUGCAUGGCGAGCAGUACCUGGAGCUGUACAGACCUCUGCCCACGUCAGGGAAGCUGACCUCCAAGGCAACGGUCGCAGAUGUGCUGGACAAAGGGUCGGGAGCCGUCAUCCUCCUGGACGUUCACACGUACGACGGCGAGGAGUUGCUCUGCUUCAACCAGUUCUCCGUGUUCAUCGUGGGCGCCGGGGGCUUUGGAGGAAAGAGAACCUCUGACAAAGCUAAGAGUGCGGUGGCGCCCCCAGACAGAGCUCCAGAUGCCGUCCUGACAGACCAAACCACCAGGGAUCAGGCGGCCCUGUACAGACUGAGCGGAGACUGGAACCCCCUGCACAUAGACCCCAGCUUCGCUGCCAUGGGAGGGUUCCAGUCCCCCAUCCUGCACGGGCUGUGCUCGUUUGGGUUCGCCGGGCGCCACGUUCUGCAGCAGUACGCCAACAACGACGUCUCCAGGUUCAAGGCCAUCAAGGUGCGCUUUGUGAAGCCGGUGUUCCCAGGCCAGUCUCUGCAGACCGAGAUGUGGAAAGAAGGAAACAGAAUCCACAUUCAGUGCAAGGUGAAGGAGACUGGAGCCGUGGUGUUGGCCGGAGCAUACGUGGAUCUGCACGGGUCCGACGACACCGCUACGCCCGAGAAGGUUCCCGAGGCGGGGGCGCUGCAGAGCGACCUGGUGUUCGAGGAGAUCGGCCGGCGCAUUAAGACCCUGGGGGCGGAGAUGGUGAGGAAGGUCAACGCCGUCUUCGGCUGGGAGAUCACCAAGGCGGGAAGCGUCGCCGCGCAGUGGACCAUCGAUCUGAAGAGUGGGGAGGGCUCCCUGCACAAGGGCCCGUUCGGCGGGAAAGCGGACGUGACGCUGACCCUCUCAGACGAGGACUUCAUGGACGUGGUGCUGGGGAAGCUCAACCCGCAGAAGGCAUUUUUUGGUGGUAAGCUGAAGAUGAGGGGCAAUAUCAUGUUGAGCCAGAAGCUGGAGAUGAUCCUCAAGGACCACGCCAAGCUGUGAGCGUUCAGCGACCGGACCUCCCACUUCAGCUUCAAACUGUUAAGCCGCGUUUCCACCAAAAGUACCCGGAACCUUUAGUCCCGGGAACUACUUUUCAAGAAAGUAAAAGGUUCCUUCAGCCCACUGUUGUCUGCGUUUCCACCAUGGUCUAAAGUCCCGCAAAGAUUAGGCAAAUUAGCCCACUGACGUAUGAAAAAGCGACAUUGUCGUCGGUCCAUCUGUCCUAUGAUUUCUUCUGUAACUCCAUACUACCACCGAAGUAGCCUACAUUAUUUUCUAAUAACCGGGACAGCCCGGAGGGGUUUAUUCCACUUAUAUGCAACGGGUAACUAACAAUGACUGUAUAUGGUUACUUUUGCAUUUAUUGAUUUUUAUCGAUUUAAUCACCUGGAAUUUAAAUAUUCUUCUGCAGCCGUUUGGGCAUAUUUUACCGUUGUCAAGCAAAACUGUCGUUGGUAGUUGAACUUGGACCGUUGUUAUGCAACAAAUAGGAUAUAACAGGCCAAUAGUCACAUUGUAACGGUUUUAUAUAUCCCCUCAAACACAUUCAUUAUGUUUUUAUGCGAACAUUCACUUUCAUUCGCACCGAGUUCCUCAAAAGGUUCCUAGUUCCGGGGUGAAGUUCCUGCGGUGGAAACGCGGCUUUAGUCAUCCUUCUCUGUGAGGAAAUGUGAUUCGCAUUAACCCGCUCUGACUGACCUUAGAAACCUCUGCAUCAGGUACUGUACGCAUUGAUUUACAUGCGAGAACCCUGAGAAAUGUGUGAACUGUAAAUUGAAGUGUGAAUCUGUCCAGAUGGGCUUGGAUCUUUUUUCCUGGAAUCAGUGUCACGAUCAAACGCCUAACUGUUCUCUAGAUCGUGAUCCGUGGAUCAUGAUUUCAGGUCGGAAUUCCUGAUUAAUCAGGAAAAUUCACAUCCGCGAGAUCAUGGAUACAAUUAUUUUUACAUUGUCUAAUAGCCAUUUAAUAUGCUGCUUUUGCUCCCGAAACACUAUCACCAUAAACAAUCGCCAAGAUUCGCAAAUCAAUCUGAAUAGGCAUGGGGAGUGGACAGUCGCUCGCGAAAUGCUUUUGUAAUUAACGGAAAUAUUAAUAAAGAUUAUUUUGGCAAAGAU